UGCCAUCCGCCAGCCGUCGUGUCUCGGCGCCGCCGCGGCGGGCGGGCGGGCGGGCGUUUACUCCCACACCCCGACUCUCUCGACCGCCGCCGUUGUCGCCGUCGCACGCUCCAAAACCAGAAACCAUCCUCUUCCUCCUGCUCCCUUCCACACUAGUCUCGUUCCGACCGACAGCGAUGUCCCCGUGCUCCUGCUGCUCCUCUUCCCCCUCCUGCUCCUGCUCCUGCUCCUGCUCCUGCUGGGGCGCGCUCACACCCACCUAACCCAACCCGCUCCGGCGCUCCGACCCCAGGCAGGGUCCGGUCCUCUUCUCUCCAACUCCCCGCCUGCUACUGACCACACCAUACCUGACUACCUGUUACCUGCCGAGCCCGACGACCGCUUCCGCUUCCGCUUCCUAACCCGAUCCACCAAUCCAAUCCAGCGGCGGGAGGCGAUGCCCAAGACGGCGAAUCGUCGCCGGAAGCGCGGGGCCGACGAGGAGGACGCCGCCGAUGGCAGCGCCAGCAAGAGGCCCGCCACCAGCGUCCUCACCUCGCUGGACGUCAACGACGCCCCGCGCCCCGAGCUCCCCCUCUUCCAGUUCCAGCUCAACGGGCGCCACUCCGACCGGCACGGGCAGGGGGACGAGGAGGAGGAGGAAGAGGAGGUCACCGGAGGAGGAGGAGGGUCGUCCGCGCCUGCCGCGGCGGCCAGCGGCCAGAGCCCGCACCAGCAGCGCCGGCUGUGGGUCAAGGACCGGUCGCGCGCCUGGUGGGAGCAGUGCAGCAGCGCCGACUACCCGGAGGCCGACUUCCGCGCCGCCUUCCGCAUGGGCCGCGCCACCUUCGCCAUGCUCUGCGACGCGCUGGGCGCCGCCGUCGCCAAGGAGGACACCGCGCUCCGCGCCGCCAUCCCCGUCCGCCAGCGGGUCGCCGUCUGCGUCUGGCGCCUCGCCACGGGGGAGCCGCUCCGCCUCGUCUCCAAGCGCUUCGGCCUCGGCAUCUCCACCUGCCACAAGCUCGUCCUCGAGGUCUGCGCCGCCAUCCGCAACCUCCUCAUGCCGCGCUUCCUCCGCUGGCCCGACGCCGCCGCCGCCGACGGCUUCAAGGCCCGCUUCCAGGCCGACUCGGGGAUCCCCGGCGUCGUCGGCGCCAUCUACACCACCCACAUCCCCAUCAUCGCGCCCAAGGUCUCGGUCGCCGCCUACUUCAACCGCCGCCACACGGAGCGCAACCACAAGACCUCCUACUCCAUCACCCUGCAGGGGGUCGUCGGCCCCGACGGCGCCUUCACCGACGUCUGCAUCGGCUGGCCGGGCUCCAUGCCCGACGACCAGGUCCUGGACCGGUCCGCGCUGCAGCAGCGCGCCGCCGCCGGCGUGAUGGCGGGGUCCUGGGUCGUCGGCGGCGCCAGCUACCCGCUCACGGACUGGGUGCUCGCCCCCUACGCGCAGCCGAACCUGACGUGGGCGCAGCACGCCUUCAACGAGAAGGUCGCGGAGCUCCGGCGCGUGGCCGUCGACGCCUUCGCGCGGCUCAAGGGGCGGUGGGCGUGCCUGCAGAAGCGCACCGAGGUGAAGCUGCAGGACCUCCCCGUGGUGCUGGGCGCCUGCUGCGUGCUGCACAACAUCUGCGAGUCCCGCGGGGAGGACAUGGACCCGGCCCUCCGCUGCGAGCUCGCCGACGACGAGACGGUGCCGGAGAACCCCGUGCGCUCGGACAGCGCCAGCAAGGCCAGGGACGACAUCGCGCACAACCUCCUGCACAGUGGCCUCGCCGGCACCAAAUUCUUCUGAAUCCGGCCGGAUUCAUCGAUUGAUCGAUGCGGCGUCACUGCAAGCAUUCGUCCCUGCAUCGUCGGUCGCCGACGGUUCGAUCGAUCCUCACUUGGGCUCCUUAUCUAUUGUUGUUCAUGGACAUUUUCAUUGGAAUCAUCGAUGGAAUUGAUUCUUUUUAAUUUAGGGAGAUCAUCCUCAUAGAGCACACACAGAGAUUAAACCAUGGUUGGUUUUUUGACAGGAUUAGUUUAGUACGUAGUACAUAUCUAUCCAAGAACAAGAAGAAGAAACACAUGUGUUUUUCUUUUGCUUAUGAUAUCGCAAUAUGUGGAAAGACCGAGCUCCUCAGCUCAAAGGGAAAAAGGAAAUUGAAAAUGUCACUGCGUCACGUCAUGUGAAAGAUUCAGCUUUUGAAGAAAAAAAAAAUCUGUGUCAGUAUUAGUAAUAGGAUACACAUGAUGGGCUUUGGCUGAAGAAUGGGCGUGCUUUGUUCGGUUGUUUGACUUGAAAUCUCACGCGUCUUCGAGCGCAGGAGAGGCCAGGCUUGAAUUUCUUAGCUGCGUGCGGAUGUAAAAGGGUUUCAUGGCAUGACUUGGGGUCCAGGGAGUUGGAGCAUUGCAUCCCAUUUUCCGCGCACGACUGGGUGUGAAUUGUUUGACAUUCCCUAAAUCUGAUCUGUACUAUACUGAUUUUUUUUUCUCGAGCCGAUGGUGUUGAAAAAUCCUUGGCUGCUUUCGGUUUGUUUAUCCAGGGAGGCUAGCUAGUGUUCAGGUUUUGUGUCGUUCAAGUUGAGCCCAUGAGAAAUUUGAUAGAUAAUUUCAGCGCAAAUUCUGCAAGGAUGUUGUCCACGAAAGCAUUUGUUUUAAAAAAAAGAGGCAUGAUAUAAUCGUGGAACUAAGAAGCGCCUUCAGCGCAAGGUAACAUCAAGCCCUUCCUUUUCUUUUCUUUUAGGGUCGGUGACUCGGUGUCAUUUUCUGGCUGGGGAAAAGAUGCAUGGAAAUCACGGGACAAGAAAAGAAGCGAUCCUCAAAUCUUGGCAGCCACCGACUUUAAUCUAAUGAUGUGCGUCAUCCCAAGUUGAAGGCCAAAAUUUAGCAUCUAGUAUUACCAUUUAUUGUUGUGGCUGGUGCCUGGUGCCUGGUGCCAAAAUUUAGAAUCUGACGGCUCUGUUCGGUUGAAUAUGUUUAGUGGCUGGUGCUAAUUUGUUGUGAGAGAAAAUUAUUGAUGGUUGGUUGAUAAAUAAUGCUGAUUUGAUGAGAGAGAAAA